GAGCUAGGGAAAGAGCGAGUGAAAGUGAGAAAGAAGAGGGAGACAUGUACCAAACACUCCUCCUCUCCUCCUCGCUCUUCAUCCUCCAUGUGACGGCCACUCCACAGUUCCACGGUCACCACGGGAGGAGGGUGUGUGGCAGAGAUAUUCAUCACAGCAGUGUCAUCAUGACGACAGAGUCAUUCGUACAGCCCGUUCACAAACCCUACAUCACCCUGUGUCAGGGGCACCGCCUCUGUAGCACCUACAAGACAGUGUACAGGGUGGCGUACCGUCAGGUGACCAGAGCAGUGCCAGUCUCACACUCUUACCCAGAAUGCUGCCCGGGUUGGCGACGACUCCACUCACACAACUGUAACCAAGGUAAUAAGGGUUUACACUCUCCUAGCAUCCCGUAUGUGUGCAUGUUCAUUUUUGAUUAUUUCUCUCUGUCCUCUCCAGCGGUGUGUGGCCAGUCCUGUGUGAACGGAGGAACAUGUUUAAGACCCAACCACUGCGCCUGUCCUCUGGGAUGGAUGGGUCGCCACUGCCAAACAGAUGUGGAUGAGUGCAGUGAGCAGCAGCCCUGUUCUCAUCAGUGUGUGAACAUGGCAGGCAGCUACCACUGUGUGUGUAGAGAGGGCUACAGGCUGGCAGGAGACACACACUCCUGUGAGAACCUUCCUCCUCCUCCUGCCUCUUCCACCCACCCCAGUCAAGAAGCAGCAAACGAUCACAGACCCCCCUCCAGUGAUACAGGUGGAGGGUAUGGGCUGACUGAGAACGUCACAGAGGAGGUCCAGAGCCUGAAGAACAGAGUAGAGCUGCUGGAGCAGAAGCUCCAGUUGGUCCUGGCCCCUUUCACCAGUCUGUUCCCCAUGUCGCUGGACGAGGGCGUGUCUGAGAGAACCAGCUUCCUGUCCCACUCCUUCCAGCAGCUGGAUCGCAUCGACUCGCUCAGCGAACAGGUUGGCUUCCUCGAGGAACGCCUCGGAACCUGUUCCUGCCAAGAGAAUUAGAAACAACAGGACUGGGUCACCCUCACCAACCAGAUAUCUCCACACAAGUCUGAGUCCACAACAAUAACAGUAGGAAUGAAUGCCCCAGCCCAGCGAUAUGGGAGGAUGAGGAAGAACAUUAGUAGAACAUAGGCCUAUUCAGUGUUUGUGUAUUCCUGUUCCUAUACCAGCCCAAAGGCUAACUCAAACACUAGCUCUAUGAUGGGCAACCCUGUCAUGUGCUAUAUGUCAGUGACACAUACAACCCAUUUACGUGUCCCUUUCCUUCACUCCCAACAGCAUAAUUUCAUGUUAUUGCUGUAUUACGGAGACAUAGAAGAGCAUAUAGCAUCACCACCUGUGACGGUUACAGGGGCCUCAUUCUCUCAUUAGCACAUUACCUGAGAGUCAAAGUUCAAACUGCCAAUUUCACUCUGAAGUAUCUGGUUUCCAUGUUUUAGGUUCACAUCAGUCCACUGUCAGAGCCCCCAUGGUGGGGUUCGCAUGGACAUCUGUAUUUAUGUAUUUAAGUUAGAAUUCCUUGUGCUUAUUUCAUAGAGCUACAAUAGACAGAUUUUUUUUACCUUGUUUUGUAACCUUUUGUAAUAAAAUUGAUUAAAUCAAAAA